GGAGCUGUCAUUAGACAAGGAGACAGUGGAUUUUUUUUUUUUUUGACCCUGAAAAUGAACUUUGGGAGGAUUUUCCUAGUCAAGUGCUUGCUGCUUUUAUUUUCCAGUGUAAAAUGCUCUGUCGUCAACCGGCUUUACAAGGCAGUGAAUGAGACGGUUCUUCUCAGCAUCUCUGCUCCUGGGAGCAUAUACCAUGCCAUAUGGAAGAGAGAUGGACAGAGGCUGGUUCAGCUCAAAGAUAAUGAUGUUAAGUACUUUGUGAACAAGGACCAGUGCAGGUGUAAGAUACUCCAAAAUGGGACUCUGCAAAUACGUCAGGUGGUGAAAGGGGACAGUGGAAAUUACACAGUGACUGUUUAUGAGCGGGAUGGAAAAUGGAAGGCAGAAGAAAAGACAAGCUUCUUUGUUCAGGAGCCUGUCCCUCAGCCAAUCCUCAGCACUGAAUGCAUGAAUAAAACUGUAUCUGUCAAGUGUGAAGUGGACCACAAGGCUAAAGGUGAAGAAUUUACUAUAGAACUGACUCAACCUAAUGGCAGAAAAAUCCAAAAGAAUGCAGCCAUGUUGGAAUUGCAGACACGGCAUUCUGGGACAUUCAGAUGUGCUGUUAAGAACCAAGUCAGUGAAAAAAUGGUUGAAAAAGCAAUUAAGUGCUCAGGCAAGCUGGACCUUUAUCUCAUCUUAAGCAUAGCGGGCGGUGCACUCGUUUUUGUCAUCUUUGUGAUUUGGCUUAUUUAUUGUAUCAGGAGGAGGAAAGCAAAAAGGCGUGAAGGUGAUGAUGAGCAGCGGAUGAUGCAGACCCUGCCGGCGGAGUGCGACAGGGCGAUGCGGGAGCUGCCCCCGACGCCCUACGCUCCCACCCCGAAGCAGGUGCGGGUGCAGCAGCGGCCGCUGCCGCAGCCCCAGGGGCAGCAGCAGCCACAGCCCCCGCGGCCCCGGCCCCGCACUCAGCCCCGGACUCCGAACCACCCGAAAGAAAGACCUUAAACGUGCAUCCCGGGAGGAGGGAUGGUCGUCUCUCUGCUCCGCCGUUCACCGGGGGAAAGGAAGUUUCCGAAAGUCGGGAGCGCCUCCCGCCCAGCCUUGCGUAAUGCUCAGCUAUGAAACAACAGCUUUUGUUGCAGAAAAUUAGAGAGAGAGAG